UCAGUACACCUCUAAGGUUAUAUUCCUUCCAAUUUAAAGUGUAAAAUAGUGCCAGUCGAUGGCCCAAUUCCUAAAGGGUGUAGAACUUUCCGUUAGGCGAGUCGCAUGGUCGCGGUCGCAGAGACGAUAGCGCUAGAGACGCUCAGCGGCUCAGACGCCCGCAGCCCCGCACGCAUCACACCGCCACAGCCCCUCCCUCCGCCCGCCGCCUAUGCCUGGUAGUCUGCUUCUCACUUCGGAGUUCUGGCUGCCUUCUGCUAUUCCCCCCAGUAGUUGCAGGAGUAGAAAAUACUAAAUACCCAUUAUAUAUGACACUGUCUUCAUGAUCUUCAAAAGAAGCAUUUAUCAUCUGGUCCAAUCAGCUCAUCUGGUUAUUCCUCCGAUUCCCAUAAGAAACAAUUUAAAGUUUUUUUCCACUUCACUUUCGUCCUCCGGUUCUUUCCAUUCUGGGUUGAGAACAGAUUCUGAUAUUGGAAUCCUACUUGCUAAAUUAUCUCCUGGGAGCAGUGAUGAUGAGGUUUUCAUGUCUCUCCAAUCCGAUCCAAACUGUGACGCCAUCCAGCCUAGUCACAACCUUGUUGGGAAAUUGCUUCAUUGCUUCAAAGAUGAUUGGAAGUCAGCAUUGGGAGCUUUUAGAUGGGCAGAGUCACGACCUGGCUACAAACCCUUACCUGAAUUCUACGAUAAAGUGGUGGACAUUCUCGGGAAAAUGAAAAAAAUGGAUAAGAUGUGUGCUUUUUUAGAUGAAAUGUCCGAAAACCAGGAUCAUAUUGUUACUCUAAGCACCAUAGGGAAAGUCAUGAGAAGGUUUGCAGGAGCUGGGGAAUGGAAAGGAGCAGUUAGGGUAUUUGAUGAGUUAGGCAAAUAUGGGUUUGAGAAGAACACUGAAACCAUGAAUUUGCUACUUGAUGCACUCUGCAAAGCAAACAGAGUUCUCCAGGCACGUGAAAUCUUUUUGGAGCUUAAGUCACACAUUCAACCAAAUCUAAACACGUUCAACAUAUUUAUUCAUGGAUGGUGCAAAGCCAACCGUGUGGAUGAAGCUCUUUGGACGGUUCAGGAGAUGAAAGGGAAUGGGUUUCACCCUUGUGUUAUCAGCUACUCAACAAUAAUCACUUCCUAUUGUAAGCAAUCUGAGUACCCCAAAGCCUUUGAGCUUCUUGAGGAAAUGAAGGCUCAAGGGUGCAAACCAAACGUGGUCACCUUCACCACAAUCAUUUCCUCAUUGACAAAGAUGGAGAGGUUUGAGGAAGCACUGAAGGUUUGCGACAAGAUGAGAUCGUAUGGUGUUGAACCUGAUACACUUUUCUAUAACGCAUUGAUUCACACAUUAGGUAGGUCCCGCAAGCUAAAAGAGGCUAUAGAUGUCCUCAAAGUUGAAAUGCCGAUUUAUGGUGUGAAACCAAACACUUCAACUUAUAAUUCUUUGAUUGCGAUGUUUUGUUAUCACAGACAAGAAGAACCUGCUUUAGAGUGCCUGAGAGAAUUGGAAAGAUCCCCACAUUGUGAACCUGAUAUGCAGUCAUACUUUCCUAUGCUCAAGCUUUGCUUUAGAAAUGGGAAGACUGAUGAUUUAUUGCCCAAGUUACUAGAUGACAUGGUUAAUGAGCAUCAUCUGAGUUUGGAUCUAGCAGGGUAUUCACUUUUGAUCCAUGGGUUGUGCAGAUCAAAUAAAUGUGAGUGGGCAUAUAGGCUUUUUGAAGAGAUGGUAGCCAAAGAGGUCACACCUCGAUAUCAGACAUGCACUCUUCUUUUGGAGGAAAUUAAACAGAAGAAUAUGUUUCAUGCUGCCGAGAGGAUUGAAGACUUCAUGAAGAAAAUGAAAAAAUCCUCUUGAACUAGUGUAUAAUUUUUUUGAAGCAAGUGCCUCACCAAUUCUGUGAUGAAUAAAAGUCAAAAGUUACUAUCUUGUGUAUCGUUGUCUUGUUAAUGCUAUACUAAAUUCAAGGCUCUAAACAUGGUACUACGUAUUUUUGAAUCAGACGUUGUGUAUUUGGGAUAAGAUUCAGAAAAUUGUGGCAAUACAAGUCGUAGGAAUGUAUCGCUUACCGGACAGAUACAUGUGAGUACUAUGAGAAUAUGUCAAUGCUCUUCUUUUUU